UUAUUGUUCUAAGAAAACAGCUGUGGCGUUGCCAGAUGGUCUAAUUGCUUUAUGUAAUGUCUUGUCAUGCUGAAUUUGUAUUAAUUGAAGUUCCUAAUUUGAUCAUUACAGCAUUCGAGGGCAUUAUUUAUUUUCUUAGAUAAUACGAGUGACAUGUAAAGCUAUCGAUAUAUCGAUUACAGAGAAUUUACAUGGCCACACUGCGCCGUCGCCACAGCAGCGACCAAAGCAGCUGUUGUUGUAAGAGGGUUGGUAAGAAGGUGCUCUCUGAAAAGCAGGGGGCGGGGUGAAAAGCACAGCACGAAACACCGCACGAAAGCAAAACAAGCGAGAAUGAUUGAUUUUUCGUCGUGCGUCGUCGGGAAAAGUAGGCGAACGGCAGCUUCGCGGAAAAGCGGGCAGCAGUGAAAACUUUUAGUAUCACAGUCGUUGCUGACGAGCGGAAGGGACCGCAGCUCGGGAAAAAAUCAGGAAAAGAAAAACACGCGAGGGCCCCUUGUAAUGCAAAUUGGAAUUUAAAAUCAAACGAAAAAGCGUUUAGUGUAAAUAGUUAUUAUCGUUUACCUAACCAAGUUCUCAGUGGUAGUAGUGAAUUUGUGCUGUGUUACAAGAGUUACCGUUAUUCGGUAAGAGAAAACCGAGUGCAAAGGAAUUUUCGUACGUCACAGCCUGUGCGUAUGUGUGUGUGAGUGUGCACCCCCGGAAAUGUAAUACGCACACUGGCGCAGUGAAAAACUUGCACCUGAAAGUUUUCGUCGUGUUUUCCACCUUCGUGCGCUUUCGGCAUUUUGACCAAACAAAAAUAAUAGAAAAACGCAGCAAAAGGCCAUCUAGGGCAGCAGCGGAACUGAGGCGCAGCGGAGCCGCCCAAGUGCAGUGGUAGAAAGCAUUGGUGCGGGCACCAUGGAUUCGCUCAAGUUACCAAAGGCCAACAGUGCCACCAGCAGUGCAAGCGGCAGCAAUAGCAACUUGUCCGGCUCAACAUCCGCGUCCGCAUCCGCAGCCACAUCGCCCACAUCUUCGGGUAAUGCUGUCGGUUCCAUACUCUCCGGUGCCCCAAAGUCGCCACCUGGUCUAAGCAGCAGCACACCGAUCGCCGUGCGUUUUAAUGCCAAUGAGGAGUCCCUGGACGACAUCCUGCAGUCCUUCCAUCACAGCAAGCACAGUCCCAGUGGCGGAGCGAGUGGCGGAGGUGAUGCCUCGCCCACAUCGAAUCUCCUUGGGAUGAAGAACAACGGACUGGGACUCAAUACUGGCUUAGUCGUGGGCGCCUGUGAUUCCCUAUCCAGCAGCCCGUCUCAACCUCAGAUGCAGGGCGGAUCCGGCUCCCUGUUCGGCAACGACGAAGUAACUCUGCGGAAUAAUUUCAUGCAGGCCGGUGGUUUCUUCAAUCGAAAAAGUUGCGGCGGCCUGCCGAAUCUCAAUCUCAACAAGCCGCCCCAGCUCCACCAGCAACAGCAGCAGCAGCAGCAGCAGCAGCAGCUUCAGCAGCAACACCAGCAGCACCAGCAACAUCAACAGCUACAGCAGCAUCAGCAGCAGCUUUCACCGAAUCUGAGUGCCCUGCACCAUCAUCAUCACCAGCAGCAGCUACGUGAAGGCGGUGGAUCACAUAGCCCCUCGUCGCCGGGCGGAGGAGGAUCGCCGUAUAACGGCUCGCAGGCAGGUUGCAGCAGCGGCGGCAUCUCGCCUAUUCCUCCUCAGAUGUCGGGUGUAUCGCCCAAGUACCGUCGCAGCAUAUCCUUCCCCAUCAAGGGAAAUUCCCCAACAACUCUUUAUGGCAAUCCCCAUAUGGAUGGCUUGGGCAGUGGACACAUGAACAUACCGACCCUGUCAAUUGGAAACGGUGGUGGUGGCGGAUCCAGUGGCAUGAUCUCGGCAGGAGCCAGUGGCGGCGGAGAUGCACCCUAUUUGGGUAACAGCUAUGGGAACAUGAUGACGUCCAACGGGCAGAUGCACCAUGGAGGCAUUGAUAACUCGCUGAGCGACUACAUGCGCGGCAUGUCGUUGGGCGGUGGAAAUGGUGGUAACGGCGACGGUGGCAAUGCCAUGGCACUAAUGCAGGACAGGAUGCGUGUUAUGGGCGGUCCAAAGCACCUCAGCGAGGCUGAUGCCAUGGCCAUAGCAGCCAGUGGAAAUGAUCCAACCGCCUACCUGAAUGCCCUCAAGAUGGGCUCACCAUCCCGUCUCUCUCCGCACUCGCCACACUCACCCAUCCAGGGUGGAAAUGGUGGAAAUGGCGAUGGUACGGCCCGCUUCUCCCGGAAGGUAUUUGUUGGCGGACUGCCACCGGACAUCGAUGAGGAUGAGAUCACAACGUCGUUCCGGCGCUUUGGGCCACUAGUCGUCGAUUGGCCUCACAAGGCCGAAUCCAAAUCGUAUUUCCCGCCCAAGGGCUAUGCCUUCCUGCUGUUCCAGGAUGAGAGCAGUGUCCAGCAGCUGAUUGAUUCGUGCAUCACGGAUGAGGAUAAACUGUAUCUGUGUGUCUCUUCGCCAACGAUCAAGGAUAAGGCAGUGCAGAUACGUCCAUGGCGUUUGGCCGAUGCGGAUUAUGUAUUGGAUGCCACAAUGUCUCUGGAUCCGCGUAAGACAGUGUUCGUCGGCGGAGUGCCACGUCCUCUGAAGGCCUUUGAGCUGGCCAUGAUCAUGGAUAGAUUGUAUGGUGGUGUAUGCUAUGCUGGAAUUGAUACCGAUCCGGAGCUGAAAUAUCCCAAGGGUGCUGGACGUGUGGCCUUUUCGAAUCAGCAGAGCUACAUCGCCGCUAUCUCGGCCAGAUUUGUGCAGCUACAACAUGGCGAUAUAGACAAGCGAGUGGAGGUCAAGCCAUAUGUAUUGGACGAUCAGAUGUGCGAUGAAUGUGAGGGUCAACGUUGCGGUGGUAAAUUUGCACCCUUCUUCUGCGCCAAUGUCACCUGUCUGCAGUACUAUUGUGAACAUUGCUGGGCAGUGAUUCAUUCGAGGCCAGGACGCGAAUAUCAUAAGCCACUCGUCAAGGAGGGUGCCGACCGGCCGCGUGCGGUGCCUUUUCGCUGGUGUUAACGGCGGCGCUGGUAGGCCGCGCUGCAUGACGAGAGACGCCAACAGAGGGAGCAACGACAUCGGUUGUUGAACGCAGCGCUGGCAGUGCCCAAAAUCAUUACAGAAGCAUCAGGAUCAGGAGGCGAAGGAGGAGAAGUAGGAGCCGUAACCGCAGACGCAGACGAAGCCGCAGGCGGAGUAGCGGAAAAUCUAGUAAAUUAUCAUUAGUGACAACCCACAAACCAAAACACACACACUACGCGGAUACACACUCACAAGCAAAAGACAAUUGCCCAGGGGAAAUCCCCUAAAAUCCCCAAGAAAUAAGGCCAGGUGCAGUACAGCGGGGGGCUGAUUAAAGGUGUCCCUUAAACAGCCGCCAGAGUCUAAAAAUCUAGAGGCGAGAUUCGAGUAACGAAAGCCCUCAGAAAGCAACAUAGUUUUAGUCCUUAUUUAUUCGGCAAUCAGUUUAGUUUUGAUAUUGAUCGAAAUUUUAGUUUUGUUCUUUGCGUUCGAUGCCUGCACAGUAUUUUUUGUACUUUAUUUUUAUAACAAGUUUUAUUUUUUGGUUUGUUCAUUAAGGGGGAACCCCCAAAGAUGCCAUUUAAUCUCACAAAGACCACCAAAAAAAAAAAAAAAAAAAAACAAAACAAAAAGAAAAGAGAGGCUUAGUCAAACCUCGUCGUAGUCAGCCAAAAUCCUCGCAAAGGCUUAUAAAAAUAGUUCCCCCUUUAAUGAUAACGAUUUAGUUUUUGUUAACUAGCUAACUUAGUAGCCAUCUUGUAUGCCAAUCGAGGCUAGUCCUAAAAUUAUUAGUGAGCUGCUAACCCUCUCUCGAAAAGCUUUUUGCUCGAGUGGGCAGGGGCUGUCCUUAAGUUCCUAAAUUGUGACAAAAUCAAAAAAAAAAAAAAAAAAAAAAAAAUACAUCGCGGUUUUUGUAUUAAUCCCUAUCCCUCACUUUACCAAAUUAGAUCAAUUUAUAAAAAUUCUUAUAAAAGACUUUCAAAAAGACAAUAUGCGAAAUGUCAGACAUUUUUAUGGUGUCGUCUCAGUUAGGAGAGAUCCCUUAAUCAUAUCAUAUCUAUAUACAAUACUUAAUGUGGCUCAUAACACGGUCAUUGCUAAUCCCUUUACCCAUUUUGUUUUUCCUUCUUUUGAUCGAUAUCAUAUUGGCCUUUGAACAAGUUUUCAUAAAGGAAUCGUAUAUAUUCUGUAGGUUUAAUAUACGCGAUUCGGCAACACGAUGAUAAUUCUUGCUUAACUUAAUACCUAUUAUUACUUAUGGUAUGUGAAAAUCGUAUAAAGCUUAUAUAACAUACUGAAACACAUUCGAUAAACUUACCAAACAUUUUUAAUCCUGCCAAGAGGUGGCUUUCCCUACGAUUUUCACAUGCCUCGGUUUGUGUAAUGCUAACAAUUGGAGAAACUAGUUAAAGCGAUAGAUCGAUUACACUUUACACCGAUUGAUUAGUUAAAGCGAUAUAUCGAUGAUACACUGAUUAAUUAGCUAAAAAGAAACCCCUACACUCUGCGAAAGGUAUUUUCUUUCCUUAUUACGACAGCUCAUUUCUAAUUUUAAUCUAGUCUACUUUCUGUCGCACACAGUCACACUCACACAUACACACAAACACAAACACACACGUACGUACACAUCACACAACCAUAACACGUUUACACUGAAAGAUUGUUUGCAUUUGUUGCCAUUUGGCUUCGCAUAAAAUAAUAAAAAAAAAAAAUGUGUAAUAAUAACCAAAAAACCAGAGAAACAGUCAAAUUGCUUGUGUUCAGUAUUAUGAUUUAUGAUUAUGAUUUUUCACUGGAAAAGUGUUUUGCCUUAGUUAUUUACCAAUUGUUUUUUGUUAUUUAAUUUAUGGCUUGUUGCUAACUAAGGGACAGAGGGCAUAUCUCCCCAAGAUAUAUAAGAAUAUAUAUACUGUAAUGUAAAAAAAAAACAAUUUUUAUAUUCGACAUACAUAUAUAUAUAUAUAUUAACACUAUGAAUACUUGUAUUAGACAACUUUUUAUAUAGAAACUUUUUGUAUAAACUUUUUUUUAUUACUCUUAUGAUUAUUCAGAAAUUAGUUUAGUCCAAAAAAAAAAUAACUGAAAACGGAAAUGAUGAUAAAACCAAAAAGGCGAACAUAAAUAGACAUGCUAAAAAAAACAUCUAAAGGAAACUUAAAUAUAUACAACUUAUGUGCAAUACUAUUUCGUAAACGAUUCAAGCGUAUUACUAAAUACCAAAAAUAUAUAAACAACUUAAAGAAAGAUAUGUAUCUGUACAAACAUAACGUAUACAAGAUAACUGCAAUCGUAUAACCAAAAAGUAGUCAAAUAUUACCAAUGAUUCCUACCUACCCCUUUCUCCACCACCACCCCCUCCCGAAAAAACUUUCAACUAAUUGGCAUGACAUGCGAGCAUGCGGGGCUUGAAGUUCGCGUUUGGUUAUCUUCCCCAGAAUCCUAAGAAUUAAAUAGAAAUCAAAUGGAAUAUCUAGACUUAGGUCAAUACCUAUGGAAAAUUAUCAAAAUGUAAAACGAGCAAAAUUAUUUUGUAAAUUAUACGACGAGUUAAGGAACGAGACAACAUUUGCUACGGUGCAUGCAACAACAAUACGAUAUUUUUUCUAUACUACCAACAAAAGUACUAAAGAUCUAAUUCAAAUUGAUAAACCAAAGGCCAAGUCACUUUGGACUUCUAUGAUAUAUACAUUAUAUAUAUAUAUUAUUAAAUGAUAGUCAAAUCUAUUAGCAAAUUUUUGCUCGCGCUUUCUUUACAAGACAACCAAGAAAAAAGAAAAAAAAACAAAACGAAAUUCAAGUCAUGCAAAGUUGUAACUCAAGUUGAUCGCGUGGCACUUUCAAAAGGAAAAAAAAAAACCAACAAGUUUAUAGCAAUUUUUCUAGAAUUUUUAUAUUACGAUGAACUAAUGAAUAUGUAUCAUAUAUAUACUGCAUAUAUAUAUAUAUUUUUUAAAACAGCAAAACCAAUUAAUUAGUCGACUCGAAGUGCGUUCGUUUGUUUUAAGUUAAAAAAAAAAAAACUUUUUGAUUUCGAAAUACUUAUCGAAAAUAACGUGUAUUAAAAGCGAAAGAAAAAAAGAAUCUACACACAAAACGAAAACAAGCCCAAUUAAAUAUUAUAUCAAAUACAGCAGCCUGCUCUAUGUAGUGUUAAUAAACAAUUUGUGCAAAAUAUUUAAGCAAAAAACGCGUUGUUCUAAAACUUUCAAAGUAAUUAAAUGCUAGUCUUUAAAAAGGCAAAAUCUGUUACAAAAGCAAACACGAAACGGAAACGGUAAUCGGUUAACGGCUUAAUCGGUUAAUGGCUAUCGAUAACGAUAACUGUACGUAAUGAUGGUGUUUUUUAAAUGUAGUCAAAUUUAAUAUUUUAUAGAUUUUUAUACUUUUAUAUAACAUAUACUUUAUACUUUACCUGUUUAACAAAAACUCGAUGAAAAUGUUAAAACAAAAAAAAACAAAAAAACAAACAACUUUUAAUGUGCUAUAAAAGAAGUAACUUAUCAAACAAAAAUAUUUUACUAUACCAAAAAUAUAAAAAUAAAAUGUUGUUAGAGAUGAGAAAACUCUUAACGGCAAACCGCUCAAUGUUUUUGCUGCUAAACGGCGUAGGAAUCUGGAAUCUUGUGUAGCGUGCUAUAUAAUAUAAUAUUUAUACCAAUAAGCAAUCCAUUUUGUUAAUAUUAUGUUUUAAUUUCUGUUCCCCCCAAGUAUUCCAAAAAAAAAAGAAAAAGAAAAGCAAAAACAAGCAAAGACAUUUCAAUUUAUCCAACUUCUGAGCUUGAAUUACGAUUGAACGGUUAGAAGUCGGAUUGACAAUUUUAGUUUUAUAGAGAAUCUUGUUAUAGAUAAAUGUUUAUGUUGAUUUUGAUAUAUGGAUCCUGUUGUUAUAUAUCCGAUUAUGACAAUGACAAUUUGUAUGCCUAAUUCUUAAAUAUAUUUUUGUAUCUUUUGUA